AUGCAUCACUCUCUAUAUUUCAUAAACAUUGUUCUCUAUCUCACUUCUUUUGGAGGAAUCCAAGCUCCUUUGGAUGUGGAAGUGGAAGAAGAAGAAAACUUUCAAGAUCUAGAGCUUGGUUUGGGCUCUACAUCAAGUCAUUCUCCUCCACCACCACCAUCAUCGUCUACCUCUACACCUCGUCGUCGUAACCUCACUACUCCUAUUCACAGCAACCCCAUAGCUCCUAGGUGGAGGAGGAUUCCCCCAAACCAGCUUCCCGAACCCCACCACCGCAUGGAUGCCCUAAGUUGGGUGGCACUGGCGUAUUGUCUCAUGGCGCUCAACGCGCUCUACGCAGGAGACAACGUCCCAGGUGAAUUCAGCCUCAGAGUGAGGAUUAUCACUAUAGCCUCCAUGAUAGCAUUAGGAUGUCUCCUUUUCGCAAAUGGGAUAAUUCCUCACUUCGCCCCAAGGACGGCGUUUGUCAUUGACCGUGUUGGAGCAGCUUUGGUUUUGCUUUCUGGAGUCGUUGCCACGACUCACAGUGAGUCGACGAUUACAUGUUUGUCUCUUGUCUUUUGUCUCUUGUUUUCUUAUAUUGUUGUGAGCAUUAGGGCGUACGUUUAG